ACGAUAUAUAUAUAAAAUAUUUCAUACUGCCUGAUGUUAGCUAGAAAAUUUACCAAUUGCUUAACGUUUACUAUUUUUGUAUUCACAAAGUCAAUUUUAGUAAAUUAAUUUUUGCAAGAUCUUUGAAAUAACCUAUUUGGGAAAAUGUAAUACCUUUAAAAAUUCCCUGAUAUUAUUUGUAUAUAGCAAGGCUGCAAAAGUCGUGGCAGCCAUAUUGUUUUGGGGGUGAAUCCUACUUAGUAACGCUACCAUGUUACUAAUUAAUGUUCAAUUAUCCAUACAGUCUGGUUACUAUGAAGUUUGUUUUAUAGAAAUAUUACAUUGGUAUACAUCCUUCUGACCCACAGUAAUUCUAUCUGUGUGAUAGUUACUGGUAUUUUAAAUUGAGUCACGAGUGAUGUGUAUUAGAAAUGCUCCUUAAUGCUGACGUCACUUACAGCCAAUAAAAGUUAUCCACGUAUGGUAAUACAGUUUAUAUAAACUCAGUGUUGGGCUAACGGUGAAUAGUUUAAUAUUUUAUGGUUAGUAGAAUGACAUCCCACUCCUGUUCCUUAUUAGUCCUGUUAGUGAUACUUGUAGCCCUGUUAGCGAUACUUGUAGUAUCUCUUACUAAUGCGUCUAGUUAUCUUUUACUACAACUACAGGCCAUACAAGGGUAUGGGAAUCAUGAGCCACCGGAUGAUUCAGGAGGAGGCUUGUUUCAAAUGUUUCUAGAGGAUGAGUCUGAUUUUAUGCAAGGUGAUGCUGGUUCUUUUAGGAAUGGUGGAUCUGAUGGCGUAGGACGCAUCCUUGCCACUAUCCAUCCCUCACUUAGAGAUGAUAGGUCUCUCCCUGCACGGCGUAACAUUAUCCUUCCAAAUCACUCUCGUAUUAUGAUGCCACAUUUUGGUGCUAUGUAUGCUUUCAUUGCUUUGGUUGCCAUACGUCAAGUGGAACCUUUUGCAGCUGCUGCCCCACAGGGUCUACUUGAUCUUGGUAGAAGCACUUCUGUCUGUCUGUGGCACUUUUUGACUUUGAUAAUUAUGUUCUAAUAAAAGUCUUUGUUAAAUUGUUGUGUCACAAUACAGUGUAUGCAGCAAAAUUUUGUUGUAUAAUAAUAUUUAUUUUAUCAUUAUUUUAAUUUUAUUUAUCAUUUUUAUUAUUAGUAUGAACACUUAAACCUUUUGCUUUCCAUCAAAAAG